AUGGCGGCUGGAACCGAAGCAAUGGAAAACGCUGCCUGGAUAGACUGCGACAAGAUUGAUGAGCUUUUACAUCAGCGGAUUAAAGUCUUGGUGAGCUUGGAUGGAUCAGACCAGUCAUCCUGUGCCUUUGAAUGGGUCCUCCACGGCUUCACCCAGAGCGACCGUGAAACCGAUCUUCUCAUCGUUCACUACUACGACAACACUAAGGAGUACCUCCCGCCAAAAUGGCGGAGGAAUGCGAUACAAUCAGAUGCGGAGGCAAAGUGCACCUCUGCAUUAGUUUCGAAAAGAUACAACAUCAGUAUUCGUGAAAGAACACCAGGAGUGAAGAUCGGCUCCCUCCUUUGUCAGGACAUCAAGGAGCACGCUGCCAGCUUCUGCGUCAUGGGCUUUGUGGGCCGCAAAGGCAAGGACAAGCACAUCAUUGGUUCUAACGUCCUGGAGGUGAUGCGACAGGGCAAGUGCAGCUGUGUCGUGUUCAAAGAAAAUGACCCUGCCAAACUGCCGCUGAACCGUCCGGCCAAGUUCGUGGUGUCCACGGGCUUGAACCCGGCGGCCACCAAGGCCUUCGUCGAUGCACUGCGCCUCUCGCGCCCAGGAGACCACAUUCACGUAGUCUAUGUUCGACCAUACCUGGAGCCGCACUCAAAGGAGAGCAAGGUGACUCAGGCGAUCCGGCACAAGUACGACGCAAUCUUCGAAGGCAUGAAGGAUGCUUCAGCUUGGCCGAGUGGCAAAAUGGUGAAGUUUGCCGACAGAGUUGUCAAACUGGUCUUCGCGCCACAGGGCAUCAACGAGGGCAUAGCUCAGGCUCUAGUGCGCUACGCAAACAACUUUGAGGCAGACUUCGUGAUGGUGGGGACUAACGUUCUUCGAGUCGACCGAGGCAAACCUCCUCUGGGCUCGGUGUCCUUGCAGAUUGUCAUGGAGUUUCCCGGAAACUGUGUUGUCAGCAGCUUCAAUCCAGACACCGACAUGGCCGUCAAAAACGCAUCGUGA